GCAGAUUGAUACUACAAGCCAUGGCCCUGGAGAUGGAAUCCAUGGCCGCCGGGAUCGGCGUCUCGGUCUCGGUGCUCCGUUUCCUCCUCUGCUUCGUCGCCACCAUCCCCGUCAGUUUCAUCUGGCGACUCGUCCCCAGUCCACCCGCCAAGCACCUCUACGCCGCCGCUUCCGGCGCUCUCCUCUCUUACCUCUCCUUCGGAUUCUCUUCCAACCUCCAUUUCUUAGUCCCAAUGCUCCUCGGCUAUGCUUCCAUGGUCUUCGCCCGAAACCAUUGCGGAAUCAUUACCUUCGUACUGGGCUUCGGCUACCUCAUCGGCUGCCAUGUAUUUUACAUGAGUGGGGACGCAUGGAAGGAAGGAGGAAUUGAUGCAACUGGGGCCUUAAUGGUGUUAACACUGAAGGUCAUCUCGUGUGCAAUCAAUUACAAUGAUGGGGUUUUGAAAGAGGAAGGUCUGCGUGAGUCUCAGAAGAAAAACCGGUUGAUUAAGUUACCCUCCUUGAUCGAGUACUUUGGCUACUGCCUCUGCUGUGGUAGUCACUUUGCUGGUCCAGUUUAUGAAAUAAAGGAUUAUCUUGACUGGACAGAAGGAAAAGGGAUAUGGAGCCACUCAGAGAAAGGACCGUCUCCAUCACCCUAUGGAGCAACAAUUCGAGCUCUUCUCCAAGCUGCAUUCUGUAUGGCCUUGUAUUUAUAUUUGGUACCCAAAUUUCCUUUGUCAAGAUUUACUGAGCCCAUAUACCAAGAAUGGGGGUUUUGGAAACGACUGAGCUACCAGUAUAUGUCUGGAUUCACAGCAAGGUGGAAAUAUUAUUUCAUUUGGUCAAUAUCAGAGGCUUCUAUCAUUCUUUCUGGCCUCGGUUUCAGUGGCUGGACAGAGUCCUCACCACCAAAACCUCGAUGGGAUCGUGCAAAAAAUGUUGAUAUUAUAGGCGUUGAGUUUGCAAAGAGUUCAGUUCAGUUACCACUUGUUUGGAACAUACAAGUCAGCACCUGGCUUCGCCAUUAUGUUUAUGAUAGGCUUGUUAAACCUGGAAAGAAGCCUGGUUUCUUCCAGUUGCUGGCUACACAGACCGUCAGUGCUGUUUGGCAUGGCCUCUAUCCUGGCUACAUCAUAUUCUUUGUUCAGUCAGCGUUGAUGAUUGCUGGAUCAAGAGUGAUUUACCGAUGGCAGCAAGCUGUACCUCCAACUAUGGAUGUUGUUAAGAAGAUAUUGGUGUUCAUCAACUUUGCUUACACUGUCUUGGUUCUGAACUACUCCUGUGUUGGUUUCAUUGUAUUAAGCCUUCGUGAAACACUGGCCUCGUAUGGAAGCGUGCAUUUCAUCGGAACCUUUCUUCCCGUAGCAUUGAUCCUACUGAGUUACGUAAUAAAACCUCCAAGGCCUGCGAAAUCAAAGCCCCGGAAGGAAGAGUGAGGUCGUCUGCUGCAAUGAGAUAAGAAGGCACUUCUUUUCCAAGUUUACUUCACCUUGUUUCACAAUGGUUGUAACAUCUGUUCUACCGAAAAUGUUGAUCAUGAUAACUUCCGAAUCAAUGUUUAUUUGAGUAGAGCAUCUGUUUCAUCU